AUGGAACCUUCACUUUCAAGCAAGUCUGAUGGGUACUCAGAUCCCCCAGGGUACCACGAACAGACAUCUUUGCUACCUCCGCUACCUCCUCGUACUGGCAGCAUGGUGAACACCGCGUACGGGCAAGGUUCAUUUCCACCGCCUCCACAGAGAGUGAGCAGUUCAAGAAUCUCGAAUGAGGAUAUUUCGUCUCCCGUACACUACACUCGCGAUCCCCACAAGCUAGUUGCCUAUCUUGUUCCUUUCCCGACCCCGAAGCUGAAUGGCAUUCCGUCAGAUGCUAUUCCGACUAGAUAUCUGAUCUACACUCCCCCACCUCCGCCUCUGAAGGCUCCCGGAGAAGGUGAAAAGGAGGCCAAGGUCCACAAACUGCAGCGUAAAUGGCAGGAAGAAGUACGCUCUGCAAAGCUUUCGACUGCCAAAACUGCGAGUUGGCAGGGAGUAAAGGGCAAAGCUACUAAAGCUAUCGAUGUGGCCAUGGGAUGGACAAAGACUUCGAACCUCGAGUUCAUCAACAGAAUCAACAUUGAAGGUGACAAAGGAUCUAGUAGUCACUCACAAGGCGAGAAUCUCCAGGAAGAAGAGACGCAUCUUACCGUUGGACUCGAGGAGAUGGUCAUGGUCUACCCUUUCAGCAUCAAGAGCACUCCAGAUCAGCUCAAGGUCGAGUUUGUCGAAACAAUGAUGCGAAGCAAGAGCAAGGCUCAGAGAGACUCGAUCAUCGCUACUGGACUACUGCCUGUGUCGGCCGCCGUCGACAUCAUGCUUACGCUAAUCUGGCCAUUCGGAGGACUGUUAGAGAUCGAUGCAGUUUGGGCAGCUGCUUCGAUCAAAGGCGCCAAAAUUUCGCGAAACGUGACCAAACGCCUCAACUCCACUUCGACCAGUAGCAAACACGACGAAAACACACUGAGACUUUCCUUCCAUCCAUCCGAUCGUCUCGAAACCCUGGAUAAGUACUUGGCAGCAAGAUGUCAUGAGAAGAACACCAAGACCUUUCCGUCAUUCGGUGCUGUCCCCACCGAGACAGAGUGUCUUCAUGCCAUAGGAUGGGCUCCGAGUCAAACCGGUGGCGAGACAAGAAACUGGGAAGACGAAAACUGGGAAACUGCAGAGGUGAAAGAGGACCUCAAGACUGUCAUGACUAAGGCAGCACGUGAGUGGGACAAGUGGUGCAAGGCUUACGAGAAAGAUCCCGAGAAGGCCGUUAAGAAGUGA